UAACAUUCGAAAUAUUGUUCUGAACAGAUUUAGUAAACGCGGAAGUAAAUAAUAUUUUUUUUUUCAUAAUAUAUUUGUACUUUUACACAAACAAACAUACUAUUUCGUUUCAUUGAAAAAUUAUUUAAUUCUGUUUUCUCAAACAAUGAUUUUAUGUCAAAUUUUUGCUUUUACAUUGAUUUCAGCUUUGCAGAAUAGUUUAGCAUAUGUUCAACCGAUUCAUAUAAGAUAUAGUGAUGAACAAUUGAGAGCAUUACAAGAUAAUCCAAAACCUAUUCGAACUGAUCACCCAAGAGAAUUAAUUGAUAACCCGUACGGAGCACAAAUAUAUUAUGAAGAGAUAUUACCGAAUGAAAAUGAAAUAACUAAAAAAAUUCAAACCGGACAUGAAUCAUCUGCGAAGAAAGGUGAACACGGAGAAAAUAAUUUGAACACAUUAUAUGGUAAUAUACCUAAUCGAAAUUGUAAAAAUCCAUUUAAUUGUAAUAUUCCAAUAUCACAACAAGGGUCAACAUUGAAUCAUUGGAAUAAUCCAUAUAAUGGUAACCCAUUUUCAUCAUCGUCAUCAGUUGCAUCAUCUAAUGAUGAUAUAAAUUAUGAUUAUAUAAUAUUUAUUCAACAAUAUCAUGAAUACUUGAGAGAAUUACUUUAUGAUUUUUAUCUCCAGAGGCAAAUGCUUUUAGAGGUUAUUAAUCAACAAGAACAACAAUUACAACAACUUCGCGGCCAAUAUAAUCAAUUAGGUAGUGCAAUUGCAAAUACAGAAUAUCAAAUGUAUCAAAUACAAUCACCAUCAAAUCAUCAAAUACCAUCAUCAUUGAAUGUAUUUGAAAAAGAAACAGGAAAUAACCAACAACAAACAGUUACAUCUAGUAAAGUUCCGUCUACCAUUAAUGUUAAUAUAGAUAGAGUUGAUGAUGGUGGUAGUACAAUAAAUCAUAAUAAUAAACCAGUUGAUAUGACAAAAGAAAAUCAACAAAUGCCUAUUGAAAAUUAACAAUCCAAAGGAUUUUGUAAUUGUCAUGAACAUUAUUUUAUUGUAGGUAUUUUGAUAUUUAGUAGUAGUGGGUUGUAUUGAUGAUUCAAAUUAAUAAUGAUGAUGAUGCUGAUGAUGACAAAAAAGAAAUUAUUUUUUUUUUUGUGCUUUUUAUGUAAAUAAAACUUUUAAUUUAUUAUCCUUUUGCUGAAUAGAUUUACUAAAAAAAUUGA